GCAAGAUGCCGGUCGAACGUAUUCCCAUCACGCAUAGCUUCGGAAUUAUUUCUAGUGCUUAUCAGGAGGCAAUGUUUAUGACUAAAUCCCUUCAAGAACAAACUUUGGAAGAAUCAAAGAGGAGCACUACUCCACGGUCUUUCGUUACUGCAGAACAAUUUGUUGAAGAGUUUCUCGGGGAUAGUGGAGAGCAUUGUGAGAGUGAGAUGCUUGAAAAAGCACGAGUCUUGUUUUGCCGUACUGCUAGGAGGGCAGGUAUCAGUCUGAGUGGCUGUCAGAAUGGAAGCUUGGAAAUAUCUCGGGCAUGGCGGGACCUUAUUCUCUUGUCACAAUGUCAUGGUGAAAUUCAGACUGAGGCUCUUCAGUUGCUUCUAGUUUGUCUCGAUCGGUCACCAUUAGAUGUUGAUUUAAUUCUCAGCAUCUUCAUUGUCAUGCGUCACGUGGUACGACUCCUUCUGAGUGCAGACCUUUCAAACAACAAAAAUGUGAUGAAAAACUUUGUCAGACUAAAGAUUCUCUUUCUCUCAUCGGUUCGUCUUCUUUAUCAUCACUGGGUCGGACACUUGACGGCGUUCUUGUCGUAUCUCCCCAGUUUGGUGCAAUGCCUGAAAGGGUUGGAAGUGCUGGAUGAAGCUUUCGUAAAUUAUCCAGGAGCGAGACUGCACCUUCUCUUUGCUGUUGAGUUGAGCAGCCUUCUUGUGGAAAGCUCUGGUGUUAGUACAAAAGCUAGUGAGGAUGGUGACAAGCCCAAUCCGACUGUGUGUCGAAGUUUGCGUGCUGACUGCACGCAGAGUUGUGACAACAUUGUUGGUCUCCAUGAACAAGAACAAGUUGUGGGUCUUGGUGAGGAAAUGAGAUGUGUGAGCGCACCGGGAGAUCUCUACACUGUUCCGACACCACCACACAAUUCAGUAGUGCAAGAGAGCAUUGCAGGAGAGCAGUCUGCCAGUCAUGGAACACACUCUGCUUUUGAUAAACAGUUUAGCGCAGCUGAGAGGUCACUUUCAGUCUUGCUGGUGCAUGCAGUUGAGGUUUGGAAGCACGCAGCUCUCGGCAGCAGACAGUUGGAGGAGUCAUUGAAGGUGUUCCGACAACAUCAUAUGUUACUCACUGAGGAAUGUUGGCUGUACGGUGUUAUCAUUCUUAACAUUCUCAGUUGUUCUGCAUUGACCAGUUUGCCUGUUCUCAAAUUGAUUCAACAACUUGCUUUAUCUGAUCAGUCAGAUUCUAGAGACAGUAGUCAUCAACAAUUGAAGACAUUAUGUCGCUGGCCGUGGCAGCUGGCUUACUCUUUUGGACACUGUCUAGGGACGAUUGCAAUGCAUACCGAGUUGUCAGCGGUGAGAAAGUGUACAUUAGAAGGGGCAUAUGUAGGAUGUGGAGCUCUUUUGCUGAUGAGGCAACACAACAUGAAAGAGCCAGCAGCUGAAAGUUGUUCUAAUUGGAUUAUCAGAUAUUCUGCAGUGGAGUCUCUUGCGCGAAUUGCACAGAAAUUCAAAGACUCCAGUCUUUAUGAUGGUUUCCAUAGAGUAGCAUGGUCAGCUCUAGCGGAAUGUGAAAUGGUAGAGACAGACUCGAGAGUUUGCAAAGCAGCUCAAAUAGGAAAGGAUCUCCAAAGUUCAGAAGAGAAUUUUCAUUUCUGUGAGAUUUCAGCCGCCUGCUUGUCUACUGGACUCUUUGGUCAGAUAGCCAGCGGACUUGCUCAUUUCUAUGAGCAUGUAGAGACGACUCGUGAACAAGAAAAACAGCAACAAACAACAACAUCUGAAGUGACACAAACAAACACAACAAAACACGGGAAAUCGAUUUCAAGGCCUCCUUCGUGUAUUGUUAGGGAAAAGAAAACAACAAGACCCACUAUACGGGAUAAAUUGUUGGAGCAGGUAGGCCUUGAACAUUUCAAUGCGGUUAGUCGGUGUGCUCGUGCGAGGGCUGCACUGAACGAGAUAGCUGAAGACGACUGGAGGCGUCAAGCAGAGUCUGAAAUAGAAGAUAAACAGUAAUAUUUGAAGAAGGAAUGUAGCAUGAUGUAAUAGAAUUAUAUCAAAGAUUUAAAGAUUACCUUGCGCGCGACGUAUCGGGACCUCGAGGCGACACAGUUUAAGUCGGUCACGUGCAGGGUCCCGGAUUG